AUGCUGUUGUUGAUCUGCAGAAUGAUCGCCCCAUCAUAUUCGUCGCGCAUAAUCCUUCGCCGCACCCACGGUAUCAUCUUUCUCGGCACGCCGCAUUCCGGUUCUGGCUUUGCACAGUGGGCCGAAGGUUUGGCCAAAUUGAUCGGGCUGAUCAAACAGACCAAUUCGCAGAUUAUCCAGGUGCUUCGGGCCGAUUCUGAAGUGCUGGAACGGAUCCAGAUCGACUUCCAUUCUAUGCUGAGAGCACGGGUCAACGAUGGAGCACAUCCCAUCGCCAUUACCUGUUUUUACGAAGAGCUGCCUCUACCGGGCAUGGACGAGAUUGUUCCGAAGCGCGCUGCCACUCUUCCCGGGUACACCUCCAUUGGAAUCCACAGUAACCAUAUGGAUAUGACUAGAUUCGAGACCGAGGAUGACCCGGGCUUUGUGAGCAUCGUAGGCGAGCUUCGGAGAUGGAUUAAGGAGUUAGCUCCAGGACCCGUGGCUGCAGAACGCAUCGUCAUACGCGAGCAAGGAGUAUCUCGGAAUGGCGAUGGUGAGAACAGAGACCUUGGUCGGUACACCAAGAUUAUACGGUCCAAUCUGGUGUACGGAGGUAAUCAAGUUGUCUAUGGUGGUAUGAGAUUUGGGUAA